AUGUAUAAAAGUUCAUUUGGUGCGUGUGUUCAUUUUGAAAGAAACAUCAGUGUACUAUACGCAUAUUCAACUGAAAUUGAUCAGGAGACAUUUUGGGGAGGAGCUGACACGAUAGCUUAUUAUGCUGCCUAUUACAAAACUGCAAAUGUUCGAUUUGAUACUGAACAAGAAGAAGAGAUUGAGUAUCACACGGACCGCGACAGUUUUAAUGCAUCUGUGAGAGCACACCCACCAAACUUAGCUCUUGGAUAUGGAGAUACGACUACUGGAAGUAAUUUAUAUAAUAUUUUGAAGAAGUUUCUGAAUAACAAGAAAGUUUCAAUUUGUGGCACCUUAGUUUUCAUAGCUGUGAAACGGUAUCCAGAUGAGGCUGAUGUAUCUGACAUCAUCUCCCAACUCCGAGCCAAUCAUGUGAUGGUGCACAUUGCUGUGGACGAUGUUCCCUCCGGUGGCAGUAAUCCCUCCACCCUUUUCGAAAUGUCCAGCAAAACAAACAGAUAUUGUGUCUUCGGCACCGGGAACGAUCUCAGAUUAGGGUUCCUUCUAAUGGUGCAAUUACUUGAAUCCCCUUUCCAAGUGUUCGCUCAAAAUCUAGUAGUAUCUGGAUCGGGUAGAAUCGAGUUACCGACAAUCGAAGCUAAUUUUCCACUUGAUGAUAGAAAUUGGAUGGUAGCUGUGAUAACUUUUCAAGACCACAAACUGGACAAUAAUUUCGUUUCGAUCAACUACACCAUUGCAAGUGUAUAUGGUUCUUAUGUUUUCAAUUAUCCAAAUAUUUAUUCCAUGGAUCCUUAUGGUACUGGAAUUACAGAUUAUCCCAUGUUUGAUGGGUUCAACUUUUACAAAUGGAUAAUCGACUACCAUUAUAAUACAGAUGCGCCACAAGUGAUUGAAUGCAGAAUGUACAGUCGAUACUAUCACGACUUCCUUCCACUACCAGAUUUCAGAAUCGACGAUUGUUGA